AUGUCGAAUUCAUUCUCCGAUCUCGAAGGCAACCCAUCUCUCGCCUCAGGGGCCUCAGGCGAAAUGAGAGUUGGUCUUUUAUCGACGCAACAAGAGGAACCAAAAGGGAACGGCAACAAUGUCGUAUGUGCAAGCUUCUGGAUUUACGCAUCAAUUGUUGCCCAUGUGACAUUCAUGGUGCUUAGCACCAUCGGUUUCUUCGCCGUGCUCCUGGUCGCAGAUGUACCAAAUGUUACUAGGAUGGCCAAACUCCAAGCAUUCGGAGCUUUUUCGUUUGCACAAGUCCUUCUCCUUGCAGUUGCUUCGCUUGGCAUCCAUGGGGCUCGAAAGUCCAAUGAACACAUGGUACAGAUACCAAUGUGUGUCUACGGUUUUUUUGCGCUGUUGCGGCUGGGAAGUUUGGACUUGAAUGGAUUCGCGUUGUUUGCGGUCCUGACAGUUCCACAGGUGAUGCUUGUUCGAGAAAUCCGGAGAGGGGAAGCAAUCCAUAGAGGGUAG